AGGUAACCGGUACCGGAAAUGAAAAGACAGAAAUGGCGGUGAACAUAACAUAACGAAAUCUUCACUGCUGGGACAUUCGUUUUCUUUUGCGGAAAUACCAGGAACUAUUUCUACGGUUGCAUGUCUGCGACUGCGAGUCCAGCCAGGCUGCUCCCUGAUAUUGAGGAAUUAGAAAAGGAACUGAAAGGGGAUUAUUAUGAUCAAAAUUUCACCGCUGACAUCAGCGAUAGAAUGCAGGUUCCCCACAGGAUUAGUCUAGGAGGUGGUUCUGAACCAAACAACCGCAGAUAUUAUAAUGAUGAUGCUGUAAAAAUGUCCGCAAACAUGAGUGUACCAGAUAGGAUAAUAGUAACAGGCCAAGAGCAGCAUUUAGGUAUGAAGGAGGCUCCACGUGAUCUAAACCUCGAGAUGCUACCAGAGGUAGACAACAUUGCUCUAACAACGCCACCAAGAGUUCUCAAUAUAAAUGAUUAUAAUUUCCCCAUCAUGGAUGAGUCCAAGAAGGAAGAUGACAAGCCAAAGCCUGCAAACGUUCCUUCUCACAACAAUAGUUUCGUUACGUCGGAUGCGCUGUCACCUGCUGACGAGGUUGCCUUGCUGAGACGACAGAUGGCGAAGCUGUCACGGCGUGUCACGAAUCUGGAGCAGGGGAACCAGGCACGCCAACAGCGGGAUCUCAUGGUCUACACGAUGGCACUCGGCUUUCUAGUGCUGAAAGCUCUUGGCUGGCUGCGAAAAAACUGGUGAUGACAUCAUAGGUGUAUUCUCUUCGAUCGGAUGAUGUUUCACUGCUCCCGGUGCCAUGUUACUGAAUUGUUGUUGGUGGUGAUGCAGCAGAAUGUUUUUGUAACCGCAUUUUAUGCAUCGGUCUUUAUUUAUGUACUGAUUUGUAAUCAAGUGAAUGUUUGUUGGGUGAUUCGAUUGGAAAGGAAAGGUAUGGAUAUUUGUUAAUGUCUAGUCAAUUUCCAUAGCGAUUUCCAACAUAAAGAAUGAACGUCAUCAAGAUCCAUGGUGAAGUACUGUGUAGGGAGUGAUUCACAUUACCUAUACGAGAUUCAAGUGCAAGAGAAGGUUCUCCCAAGAUGGCAAUGUUUGUAGAAUGAAGAGAGACAAGUGUAGCUAGUAAAUGUAACUGUGCUUACCACACGGGAUAGUAUCAGAGCAAUGACACAGUAUCUGGCUUUUUUUAUACUCUGCCGUUAGGUCAGUGGACAACGUUUCAGCAGUAGCAGAUGUGUUAUUUUCACAAUAGGUUCAGAAUGCUUCAGAACUCAUUUGAAUAUUGUUAUGAUAUACCCUGUCCUUUCGCAUUAAAUUACAGAUAUCUUUAAUCAUGGUCACACCUAUAUAAUUGUGUUGUAUAGAUAUGUUCAUGCUCCAAUGUAUAGGUAUUAUACAUCUAUUCGAGAGUGAAUAGAAACAAUUUGUUUUUAUUUACUCCUGAUCUAAUAGAUAGGCAUUAAUGAAUCUAUGCAUGUGGCGAGCAAAUAAUUAUAAACUAGGGUUUCUCAUUUCUGACUGUGUUAAAGUGCGUAGUUCACGUUCAUAGUAAUUUUGACCUACCAUAGUUGUCAUCAUUCCUAAACACUUGAAUGCAUUUGCAUAGAAUAUAUAAUUAUUUAACGUGCUAGGUAUUUUUUUCUUACUUGUUUUCAUGCACAAUUAUGCAUCAGGUCACUAUAAUAAAUGCAAUGGAAAUCAUUUUGCUCUUUUGGAAGUGCCUAAGAAUACUUAAUUUUUAUGUGUAAUAAUUAUGUUAUAGGCUCUUAAGGGGAAAUCUAUUAAACGGAACUACUUAUGUACCCGUGGGUACCCCAAGUGUCUGUACCUUGUACAUGCAUCCCUAAAAACACCAUAGACAUGUAUGAAUGUAAAAUUGCAAUUCGCUGUCACAGUGGUAUUUAUUGUUUAAUGAUUGUAUUCUGUGCAUACACACAAUAAAUAAACAACAUUUCGCUAAA